CCACGGUCCACUGCUCUGGCUUAUAUAUCAGGCCUGCGAGGCCCUGGAGGCAUCUCUGUCAGGACACGCUCGGGCUUGCAUCAUUAUCAAGGCAACAAGGAGCUGAAUCAUCUACUACAUCGCCUGCUGCUGGUUCAUGGCCGACGACGACCACCAGCACGCGACGCUCUCAUCCCACGCACUCUGACUCGAUAGCCCGGAGCUGUUCCUUAUACUUACUCGCUGGGGCCAUGAGCCUGGAUGGCAGCGGGAGCAAUGGCGAGAAGGUUAAGCUCAAUCAACAUGGCAAACCCAUACAAAGGCGCUCGACGGACGGCUGUCAGAACUGCAAGGCCUCGCGCGUCAAGUGCGACCGAGGGAAGCCCAUGUGUGGCUGCUGCGUGCGCCGAGGAGAGCAGUGUAACUACUCCAAGAUCGUGUUCAACGGCAUAAACCGCGUCAAGAAUGACCGUCGGACAGGUCGCAAGUCCGUCAAGGCGAAACAAGCAGACUUGAAGGCCGCAUCUGUGUCCUCGGCGUCUAUUCCGCUGCACGUCAGUCCCUCUCUGCCGCAGCCUGACCACUUCACGUUCGCGACCAACGUCGUCAUCAAUCCAGUACAGCGCAGGCGCUCCAUCAGUAUUGGACAGUUGCUCUCCGACAGCAGCGAAGAUGCGUCACCCACACCGCAGGCAGUGCAAGAUCCGGCGGAAGAGGAGCUACAAGUCAUUGGUCAUGGAGUUGAACAGUGCAACGUCUUGGGUCGUCAAGGCUCUAUUGCUGGGCUCAUCCCAAGCUUAUCGCCCGAAGUAUCUCGCUUGCUGAGCCAUCGGAAUGCACGUCUCUUGCUUGAUCAUUACAUGGCUCGUACCGUAGCGACCAUCCAUCCCCAGCAAGGUGCGCAAAAGAACAAUUCUUCGACAAAGUGGUUCUUACCCAUUGCACUACGCUAUCCAGUUGUUUUGGAGUCCAUCCUGGCUCUAUCCGGUGCACAACUUUCUGUGGAUCGUCCAGAGCAGCAAACGGCCGUCCUCAGUCACAAGAGCAGCUCCAUCGCGCAGCUCAAUCAGCUUAUUCGUCGUGUCGCCAACGACUCUAAGAAUGGGCGUCUUGCAUACACGGCAGAGAUGAUGGCUGCAAUUUUGACAUUCAUCACCCUGGCUGUCAGCGAAUCGGGCACAGCGACAUGGGAGCUCCAUUGUCAAGCUGCCCGAAAUGUCCUGAAGGGAAUGUCUAAGCCUGAAGAUCCGCGGCUCAAUUACGUCUACUUUCGACUGCUCAAGUAUGUGUGCUUUGCAGAAAUCGCGCGGCCUACCUUGCAGGACCUGCCAGAGCUCGUACACAUACAAGAUCCGUCUCUGGAUGCCGCAUUCGGAGUACCUAGCUUGGGUCUCAAAUUAUCUACCAUGAUUUCACGAUAUGCGUACAAGAUUCAGUCUGGCAUUUCACCCUCCGACUUGGCUGGCGACUUGAAUCAGCUUGACCGCUUGCUGGCCGUGUACAUGCAAGACGGCGCAAUGAGUGCAUCCGAGGAUGACGCUUGCCCAGAGUGGCGCACAGUACAGGAUGCUUGGCGCUACACGGUCGUGCUAUUCUACCACCGCACCAUUUUUGCAGCAGACUUGAACGACCCAGUCUGUCAAAAUAUGCUGGCCAAGAUUCUCCACUGCAUGCGAUUCAUGUCUCUCACAAGCAUUUACGGUACUGCACUUGCAUUCACAAUGCUCACCAUUUCGCCACUCAUUCGUGAUUGGCAGGUACGUGAGUGGUUCAGCAGUAUGCUUGUCACCCUUGCCGCAUCAACGAAGACGGGCAAUUUUCUCAGCAUUAGAGAGUUUGCUCGCCUUUGCUGGCACGAAAUUGAUGAGGGCAGGUGUCAGACUCAAGUCGAGGUCAAUGGCUUGGCUGAAGCCCACAAUCUUGUCAUCCUCGCAGCAUGAAUGUUGUCUUCAGUUCAAGCGAUUUCACAGCGAUAGCAUUUUUAGUCAAUCUAGACGCGCUCUUUCGACUUCCUGCGUCGUGACUAUGUGAUGUCGUGUUUAGUCGAAAACAUCGUACGGAUACGAAGGGUUUCGUGACGAUCCGGGUGUCGCGUCGUCGACAAACACUGGCCCCUGAAAACGGCGAUGCCGCAUGCAAGGCCGUUCUGCACAGAAUCAUGCAGAAGCCUGCAGAAGCCUCUGACCUUAUGCUUCAACAUGUGGGCUGGGCCAGGGCUCAACACGAGUUGCGAGUGCUGACGGCUGCCUCUGCAGUGUCUGCACUUGCCUAGAGAAUGUCAUUGUCAAUUCGUGUAUUCGAUCGAAAUCUGGCAAGAGAGCAGGGGUCAUUUUGAGCACCCAAUACGGAAAUGUGCGUCUGGCGCAUCAAUGGUAGCAACAGAAUCGCAGAACCAAUGAGGG